AUGGUGGGUGACCCUAUCCUGUCGAUCCCUCGCACAGCUUCUCCUCGCGCAUCUUCCCCUAUGACAUCUGGCGCUGAAUCCGGCCCGGACUCCAAGUCCGCGGGCGUUGCUUCUGCUGUUUCCUCUGUGAACCGUCCUUCCUCUCCUACUCCUCCUGGUGGUCCCCGCGCUGCUAUGCGCCGCCGCGCCGCCGCCGACCACAAGGAGUCUCUUCGAAAUGCCCGUCCUAGCUCAACCCGUGCUGCUGGUGCCGGUGGCUCCUCCAGCACUAUGCUCAAGCUCUACACCGAUGAGAGCCCUGGUCUCAGGGUUGACCCCGUUGUUGUCCUGGUUCUCAGCUUGGGAUUCAUUUUCUCCGUUGUUGGUCUGCAUGUCAUUGCCAAAAUUACCCGCAAGUUCUCUUCGUGA